AUGGAGUGUAUGCGCAACCACCUUCAAGAUGGCGUUGUACUUCAUGGACGAUACGAGACAAUCUCUCCACUCAAUUCUGGUUCCUUUGGUAUGGUCUUCCAGGCCAAAGACCUAGUCACUGGUGACAGUGUCGCCAUCAAAGUCAUCACCAAGCCUUCUGCCGCUGCCAAUUGCCCUUCGGCCUUUGCAGUCGACGAACGUUCCGAGGAACUCGGUGUCCAUCUCCGUCUCGGUGACCACCCCAACGUUGUCAACAUGCUGCAGUCGUUCGAGACCCAGAACCACGUCUACCUCGUUCUGGAGUUCUGCUCCAAUGGCGACCUAUACGAAGCCAUUCGUCAGGACAAGGGCCCACUGGAGACCGAGCACGUCCGCGACUUUAUGCUGCAACUCGUUGCUGCGGUCGAGUUCAUUCACUCUAAGGGCAUCUAUCAUCGCGACAUCAAGCCAGAGAACAUUUUCCUCACUCAGGAUGGUUUGAUGAAGCUGGGCGACUUUGGUCUUGCCACCUCGGAGCCAUGGUCUUGGGAGAUUGCCGUUGGCAGUGACCGCUACAUGGCUCCGGAACAGUUCGACCCGACCGAGACCGGAUACUCUACGGAAAAGGCCGACAUUUGGGCCAUUGGCAUCGUCUUGCUCAACGUUCUCUUCCAGCGCAAUCCUUUUGCCGUGCCCUCGACCUCGGAUCCUCUGUACGCUGACUUUGCGCAUGACCGUCAGAGCCUCUUCGACGUGUUCCCAAACAUGUCUCAGGAUACUUUUGGGGUUCUUCGGCACUGCCUUGCCAUUGAUCCAGAGAGGCGCGACCUCGGUGCCGUCAAGGAAGCGCUUGCUCGCGUCAUCAGCUUCACUACUGACGAUGAGAGUCUGGACGAGUUCUGCACCGAAGAUCGUGAUGUCGUCGCUGUGGAAGCCAACCGUGAGCCUCUUCGUACCCCGUCCAUCUCUACGCCUCAGCUCGAUGGCACUGGUUCGUUCCCAUGGGCCAAGGCUCUCGCCAUGUCGCCCCAGCAGCCCGUUCGUCAACUAUCGGCUAUCCCUGACACGGAGAUCUACCCCGAGGACAUGUUCAACGGACCUCCUUACCAUGUCAAGCCAGCGACUGCCUCUGCUGCAUCGUUUGUGGACUCUGGCCUAGGCUUGUCCUUUAAGUCCGUUGACAGCACGCAGUCGAGCGCCAUGGACAUGACUCGAAGCAAGCCCGUGCCCAUUUCUGGCUCGCUUCCCGCAAAGCCGUAUCAUAGCAUGGCGUCUGUCUUUGGCAAGAAGCGCGAUGCCUUCUCGAAGAGCUGGAGCGAUCUCUGGGAUGAGGAAGAUGAUGAUGCUCAGUUCUUGGCCGAGCUAGAGAACAGCUAUACUCCGUCUGCUGCUGAGAAGCAACCCAAGGUGGUUGUUUCCGAGGCCGGAUCUGGUGAGUCGCUCGCCCAAGGACCGAAGUGCUGCUAUUGA